CUCUCUUCACACCAACACCAUCGAUCAAGCAAAACUGUUCGAUAUUUACACAACACAAAAUAAUAAUUCAUCAUGUCUACCAAACGAGGAAAGGAAGCCAUUCUCAAAUUCUGUCAACGUGCCUGUCAAGAACGUGGCGUUGAAGUAAAGAAUUUAUCAACAUCUUUUGCUGAUGGUUUGGCAUUUGCUGCCAUCGUUGAUAGUCAAAGACCAGAACUCUUGACAAACAUGGGUUUAACUUUCAAGACCAUCCAGGAUGAUUUUGGUCGUGUUGAAAGACUUCAAUGGGCUUUCGAUCAAGCAGAACAAUUGGGCAUUCCACGUCUAUUGGAUCCAGAAGAUAUCGAUCCAGAAAAACCAGAUGAAAGAUCCAUCAUUACAUAUCUCUCGGCUGUUUAUAAAUUCUUUAAGGAAAAUGCAGGAUCAGGUGCUGCUUCUUCUGAACAACAAGCCUCCGAAACAACUUCUGCCGCCACUUCUCCAGAAGCUACUGCAGCAGAAACAACACCAAUUGAACAACAAUCAACUACAGAAGAAAAUGGCGCCACUUCUACUACUGAAGAGGCUGUGGUUGUAGAACCAACUGCUGCUACUGCUGAAGAGACACCAGCUGCUGUUGUAGAAGAGACACCAGUCGAACCAACACCUUCACCAACAACUGAAGAGCAACCAACUGAAGAAACAACUCAACAACCAACUGAAGAAGCUACUGUCGUUGAAGCUGUUGUUGAGUCUGGAACUAAUGAACUUGUUGCUGAAAAGACUGAAUUGACUGAUGAUGAAAAAUUGAUUUUACAAGAUAAUACUGAAGUUCAUGUUGAUGUUGUUACUCCACAACCAAGUGUUGAAGAAACUUUCCCAUCUUCUCUUUCCACAACUGCUAGUGCUGGAGGUGCUUCAAUUGCUGAAGAGCAAUCACUCUCAGAAACUAAAUCAGAUAGCUCAUCUGAUUCUGAAGAAGAAGAAUCUGUUCCUGUUGUUGAUAAAAGAUCACCACGUCGUGUUACUGAAAGAGUUGCAAGUGUUGUUUCUCAAGUUACUGCAACAACUCCAACUAGAGAUUGGUCCUUUGAUGAUUCUGAUGAUGAGGAUAAUUCAUCUCGUGGUC